ACUCACUCACAGACGUAAAUCUAAAUCUGUAGUAUAAAACAGCAAAAUAAUUGCGGUUUGUCUUAAAUUAAUUACGAUGUUGUUAAUAUACAUGUUAGUCAUAAUUACGUUUGCGUCUGCUAGGCGUCCACGUACUGGUCCAUGGCCAAGCGAUAGCCACUGUGAAGGUAAAAACGAUUACUUUUACUUGGAUCCGGCAGACUCGUGCUCAUGUUGGUGUAUAAAAGAAAAACUAUUUUGUCCAGAGUGUUUUGAUCCAACAACUAAUGAUGCGAUUCCUUAUUGUAAGCAUCAAGAAGAUCAUCAAAUAGAUCCAAACGAUCCAUGUUCGUGUUGGUGUAUUAAUGAGGAAAUGGUUUGUAAUGGUUGUACCACUGAAGAGCCAACAACUACUCUUUGCUCAACUGAUUAUCCCAUCGAUCCAACAAAUCCAUGUUCUUGUUUCUGUGUAGAUGGGAUAUUGGCAUGUCCAACAUGUCCACCAGAAACAACUACUAAUGAUAAUAUUUGUGAAGGAAAAGAGGAUGGUCCAUUAGAUCCAAAUGACCCAUGUUCCUGUUGGUGCCUUUCCGGUUGGCUUGCAUGCCCAGGCUGUACGACAACAGAAACAACCACAAGUGAUAAUAUUUGUGAAGGAAAAGAGAAUGGUCCAUUAGAUCCAAAUAACCCAUGUUCAUGUGUAUGCCUCGAUGGGUGGCUUGCUUGCCCAGAUUGUCCAACAGAAACUACAACAUCCGAAAAUAUUUGUGAAGGAAAAGAAGAUGGUCCUAUAGAUCCAAAUGACCCAUCUUCAUGUUGGUGCCUUUCCGGUUGGGUUGCAUGCCCAGCGGAUACCACAACAGAAACAACCACAAAUGAUAAUAUUUGCGAAGGAAAAGAAGAUGGUCCGUUAGUUCCAAGUGACUCAUGCUCAUGUAUGUGUCUUGGCGGAUGGCUUGUAUGCCCCACAUGUGGAACUGGAUCACCAAUUACUGAAGAAAGCAUUUUUGUUAAAGCCAAUAAUUAA